UUAUUCCCCAGCCUGGCCCAGCAGGAGCAAACGCGCCGCUGGUAUGCACCGUCAGCCUUGAACGCGCUCCCGUGGUGCAAAAGCUCCUCAUCUUCUCUUAGCUAUUUUAAAGAGUUUGGAUGAGUUUUAAAAUGUAUUUUUCUAGGGGUUCAUUGGGGUUAUGAAACCUUGAAGUGUGACAAACAGACCCCAAAGGCUGGACCCCAAGACUGAGCUUUUAAACGGAAGAGCUGGGAAACACUAAAUCCUGAAGCAAGCAGAAAUGGAUUCCUCGGGUUCAGGGGGCCCUGAGUGAUCACUCAGUACACAAAGGGCUCCUGCUGUUACUGAUCUGGUUUUGCUGGGAAUAACAUAUGUAAGAAAAAUGGAGUUUUUAAGCUUUUCUCCAGAGAUCCACUGCUUUUCAGAAUUACUUGACUGCAGCGAUGGUGAUGAAGAGGAAAUACUAGUAUGUGGAGAAGAUUUCGAGCUCAAUCCUUUUGAUGGCUUGCCUUACUCUUCCCGUUAUUAUAAACUUAUGAAAGAAAGAGAAGAACUUCCAGUAUGGAAAGAGAAACACACUUUUAUGGAAAGUUUGCUUCGUAAUCAAAUUGUGAUUGUGUCAGGAGAUGCUAAGACUGGCAAGAGCUCCCAGGUUCCUCAGUGGUGCGCUGAGUAUUGCCUCUCUGUCCACUACCAACACGGCGUAGUGGUAUGCACGCAGGUGCACAAGCAGACAGCAGUGUGGCUGGCGCUGCGUGUCGCUGAUGAAAUGGAUGUCAACGUUGGCCACGAAGUGGGCUACUUCAUCCCAUUUGAAAGCUGCUGUACAACAGAAACCAUCCUGAGGUACUGUACAGAUGAUAUGCUACAGAGGGAAAUGAUGUCUACACCUCUCCUGAACUGUUAUGGUGUUAUCAUCUUGGAUGACGUGCAUGAAAGAACUGUUGCAACAGAUGCGUUACUUGGCCUUCUUAAAGAUGUCUUGCUAUCAAGACCAGAACUGAGGCUGGUAAUACUCACCGCACCUCAUAUGUCCAGCAGACUCCAGAAUUAUUAUGGCAGCAUCCCCGUGCUAAGGGUGGAAAACAAACACCGUGCUGAGGUUGUAUACUCUUGCAGCAUUCAGCAAGACCACUUUCUGUCUGCACUAAAACUGCUCUUUGAGAUACACCAUACGAAAGAGAAGGGCAACAUUGUGAUCUUUCUGGCAUGUGAGCAAGAAAUUGAAAAAGCUUACCAAAUGAUCAGACAGGAACAGGCUAAUUUCAAUCCUGACCUUGGAGAACUCAUCCCAGUUCCUUUAUACCCCACGAAACAAGACCUAAUUCCCAAACCAAAUCAAGACAAACAGAAAUGCUGCAGAAAAUACAGAAGAAAAGUGCUACUCACCACCAGCUUUGGAGAAUCUUUGAUUUGGAUUAAAAAUGUAACUUUUGUCAUUGAUGUCGGUGUUGAAAGAAGAAAGGUGUACAAUCCUAGAAUCAGAGCAGACUCUGUUAUAACGCAGCCUAUCAGCAAAAGUCAAGCAGAGAUGCAUAAACAAAUUCUGGGCAUGUCUUCAUCAGGAAAACUGUUUUGCUUGUAUCCUGAAGAAUUUACACACAAAGAAAUGAAACCACAUCUAACAGCCAAAAUCCAGGAAUCAAACCUCACUAGCAUGGUUCUCUUCCUGAAAAGGAUGGAUAUAGCAGGCUUCGGACACUGUGACUUCAUAAGCAGGCCAGCUCCUGAAAGCCUGAUGCAAGCUUUGGAAGAUCUCGAUUAUCUAGCAGCCCUGGAUAAUGAUGGAAACCUUUCUGAAUUUGGAAUUAUUAUGUCAGAAUUUCCCCUGGAUCCACAACUGUCAAAGUCAAUUCUGGCUUCGUGUGAAUUUGAGUGUGUUGAUGAAAUGCUCACCAUUGCAGCCAUGGUAACAGCUCCCAAUUGCUUCUUACACGCACCUCCUGGAACAGAAGAGAUUGCUCUUACUUGCUGGCGAAAAUUCUCACACCCUGCAGGAGAUCACUUUACACUUAUCAAUGUCUUCAACGCCUUCAAGGAAGUCAGUGCAAACUCCGCAAGCCAAUACUACAGUAAUGAGAAAUGGUGUCGUGAUUAUUUUCUAAGCUGUUCUGCACUGAGGAUGGCACAAAUUAUCAGAGCUGAACUAGUAGAGAUUAUGAAGCGUAUUGAACUUCCCAUUUCAGAACCGGACUUUGGAUCCAACGAAAAUAUACUAAGCAUUAAGAAAUCUCUCUUAUCUGGUUACUUUAUGCACAUUGCUCGUGAUGUAGAUGGCUCAGGUAACUACUUAAUGUUAACACACAGACAAGUGGCCCAGCUUCAUCCUUUCUCAUCAUACUAUAACACCAGAAGGAUUCCUGAGUGGGUUUUAUUCCAUGAAUUUAGUAUAUCAGAAAACAAUUCCAUCAGAGUUGUAUCAGAGAUAUCACCCGAUCUAUUCAUGGAGCUGGUACCUCAGUAUUAUUUUAGCAAUCUUCCACCUAGUGAAAGUAAGGAUAUUCUGCAGGAAGUGAUCAAACACUUGUCACCUGUUUCAGCCAUGAAGGAGGAACAGAAAACUAAUGACGACAACAAAGAAAAUGAAAAAUCUCUCCAAACUCCCACUGAACACAGAUGUAUUAUUCAGUGA